AUGAGUCACUUCAAUCCGGGGCUUAUUUCAGCCUACAACAGCCUGACAGACAAACACCUGAUUGGUUACUUCAGCAGCUCUCGCAUCAGGAAACAUUUGAGGAAAGCCGGGCUGAUCACCCGAAGUGGGCGUAUCGUUCCAGACAAGGAGUACAAACAAAAGCUUCUUCAGAGAGCCCACCAAAAACAUGUGAGAGAUUCCCUGGCACAAACAGUUUUUCUCAAGGUGCUGGAAAUGGAGCGUCUCCAUCAGAUGGAGAUGAAAAAAAAACUGGAAGAAUUUGCCAGGAAGGAGCGAGUGCACAAGAUGAAGGUGGAGCGUGCAAAACGAUUUGGAGACAACGUCCCAGUGAUGUCACCUCGCCCACCUAAGGGUGCCAGGGGUGUCCGGAAGCAACAUUCGGGGCCUGUGGACGAUCGUUAUGGAUCGUCAGAGUCUCCAUGUUCAUCUCGACCCAACACCGCUCCAGGAAAGAUGCAGCGGCCCGUGCGUUUGAAGCCAAUCAACAGCGGCAACAAGCGCGACAACCGCCCGCCAUUCAAUUGCUCUGUGAGACUAAAAAACAUGGAACCAGGGAGACGCGAGACAACCCAAUGGGAACCCCCAUCGGGCGUCUCACCUUACCUCCUGCCGGUCAUUAAUAACUUUGUAAUGCCGUUGCCUCCCGCCACUAAAAGGAACGGCAGGGCGUCCGGCGGCACUUCAGGUCUCAGGGGGCGCCGACGACUACGCGCUGCUACUGCCUCCGCUGGACUUGGCGACAAUGAGGAACAGCCCUACCUGAGGACUUGUGUGCCCCAGAGCGGGGUGUGUGUCACCAUGGUCUAUUUUGGCAAAUCGGUGCAUCUCUCCCAUGACUCGGAGGACCCGAGGGAUGAGGUCAAAGUCUUUCAGCAACACUGCGGAGGAGAAAACCUCUGUGUGUAUAAGGGAAAACUCAGUGAGGGAGAGAGCUUCCAGUUCGUGUCGAGGCGACAUCGAGGUUUCCCCUUCAGUUUGACCUUCUUCCUGAAUGGCCUGCAAGUGGAGCGCCUCAGCUCGUGCUGCGAGUACAAGCACAGGCGAGGAGCCAGACUGGGCGGCAAGCACGGACAUUUUGGAUUCAGUGCGGUGGAACGGGCGUCGCCCUGUUACAAAUGCAUAAUAGCAAUGGGAUUGGACAAGAGGCCCACUCCACCACCCAAGAGGGUCAAAGAUGGAGGAGGAAGCCUCAAGGAGGCCAGGAGCGCACCCCACUCAGGACGUGAGAGCGCCUCUCCUCAACAGCAAGACAAACACAGAGAUGAUUAUGAAGAGGAUUUUGAAGGAGACGAUAAUGUCGCCGCAGAAGAAGCCAAGGAAAAGAAAGCUUUGCCUCCAGCUAGCGGAACUGAAGCAAAAACGAAGACUUCAUCUUACUCUGAUGAUGACGACGACAAGGGUGAAGUAGAUGACCCAAGGCCUCGUUCAAGUUCCAGCUCCAGCAACGAGAGCGACAUCAAGUCCGUCAAAGACUCCAAAGAGGACGACGAAGCAGAAGAACCGGAGGAGGUCCUCCGAGAGGAAACUACGGACGAGAAAGCCGACGUAAACCCCGAAGAGACUGCAGCCACCGAGUCAAGCACGGACGUAUAUGUCUCGGAUUCCAGCGAGAAAGAACGACGCCAGACCACGCCAAGAGAGGAAAUAGAGGGCGAGGUGACAGAAGAUGGGUGCAAGUCAGAGGAGCCGGAGAGGGCCAAAUCUGUGCAGGAGAAGCUAGCAGAAGCGAUCCUGAAGGAGUCGCACAGCAGCUCUGAACCAGAGCUGAGCGACACCAGUACAGAGGAGGAGGAAGUGGUGUCGACAAAAAAAGUCCAGGAUGCGAGAAAAGAUGAAGCAGGUCUGGUGGAAUCUAAACUGGAGGACACAUCUGAACCCAAGGAAUUCAUUGAGGAAUCCCAUGGCAACACUAAAGAUGAGCGAGGAGACAGUGUAAACACAACUGAGCAGGAGGAACUAAAGGAAGCAGAGGAUGGAGAUGAUUCUGAGGCGAAAUUAAAGGAAGAGCCACAAGACAAUGCUUCAGCUAUCUCUACUGACAAGAUCAUUGCCAACGGCGAUAAGACAUCAGAAUUAGAAGUAGCGCCAGAAGACUCGAGAGGCAUGUUAGAGACGACUGCAUCUAAAGAAGACAGUGUAAAGGAUGAGGCUAGUAGAGUGGGAGAUGCAGAUGAAGCCUCAGGAGAUAUUGAGGAAACUGGUAAAGGGCAAGAUGACAUGGCAAAAGGGGGAGAAGAAAGAAGCCCCGAUAACAAACCGAGUGAUGCCAAUGAGGGCGUUGAUAACGAGGAAAAAUGUGAUGAAAGUAAGACCGAGGAAAUUUAUAAAACUGAAGACAACAUUGAAGAGGACACAAAAGAUGACCCAAAAAACAACCAAGAAGCAGAAACAAUACUUGAAGAUAAAUCUAGCGUACCAGAAAAAACUGAGGCAGACAAUGAUGAGGUUCUUGAUGCGAAAAGCACAGAAGUUGAAGAACUACAUGAAGAAAGGGCAGAUGAGGUGACCGAAACUAAGAAAGACAACGAAGAAAUAAGUGAAACGAUAGAGAAAGAUGACAAAGACACUGAGGAGAGUAAAGAUGGGAGAGACAAAAAUGAGACACCGGGUGAAGAAAUACAAAAAGGAACCUGGUCUAAUAUGGGGGAAAGAGAAGCUGAAGAUAGAAAAGAUAUGACAAAUAACAACCAAGAGAAAAUCGGAAGCUCUGAGGUUAAAGACAAUGACCAAAUAAACAAAGGAAGUACAGACGACAAGGAAGAAAAUAAAGCAAUUGAAAAAGAUGAGAAUGAAGCUGUAGAAAUUGAGAAUGUGACAGAAGAGGAGGAGAAAAUUUUUGCGUCUGAGGUCAAGGAAACAGAAAAACUAGACAAGGUAACCACUAGUAAGGAAGAAAGAGAUGACAAUGAAAUCAAAGAUGGCACAGACAAAGAUGAAGUGAAAACAACUGAUGUUCAGGACAAGGAAGGUGAAGAAAUAAACAAAGCAACCAGUGAUGAUAUGCUAGACAGUGAAGCAAUAGAGAAAGAACAAAGUAAAGAUGAGAUGAGCAAAUACCCAGAUGAAGACAAGGAAAUCCAUACUGCUGAGACCAAGGACGGUGACCUACCAAACGAAGUAGAAAUCGAAAAUACUAAGAAAAGCGAACACGAAGACGAGACCAUGCAUACGAAAGAGGACGCUGAAGACACUGACUCAAAGGAAAGACCGGAAACUUCUAAAAGUUCAGAGGAGCAAUUGCGAAACCAGGACGAAAACAUUGGCAUGACUGAAGAGAUGCUAGCGACCAAAAAUCUGAUUACCGAAAAUGGUAGAACGAGUGAGGUUGAUGCUAAAAAUGGGGAAACAUCCACUCAAGUAGAAAGUAACACUCACAAGGACGAAAGUAACCACGAAACAUCAGACCAAAACAAAAUACAACAACCCAAUGAAGUGUCCAUUGAAGACAAACGUUUGGAGGUAAAGAAUGAACUAUCUGAAGAGGUCCAGAAGGAUAAUGAAAACGAUAAAACUGACUUAAAGAAUGAACUAUCUGAAGAGGUCCAGAAGGAAAAUGAAAACGAUAAAACUAACUUAAUCGAAAACCUGGAGUCUUAUAAUCAAAACAGUAGACAAGACCACCAGGAUAAGAAAACCAAAGAAACCCCUCAAAUCGACACUGAUCCAUUUGUUGUAGCUGUUGACAAAACUGAAAAACUACUCGAAAAGAAAGAGGAAGAGUCUUUAAAACUUCUAAGCCAGAACAUGGACGCCAAAGACACCGGCAAGACCCUGGAAGAAACCUUUCUUCUCCAAUCGCAAUCCAAAAAUCAGCUUACACACGGAGAAAGUCCAGAAACGUUGGCCAGAUCAAGCAGUACAGAGCUAGUCACCAACUGGCUAACUACGCAUCAAGCGUCCAAGUUUUUUGAGACCUUUGUUGAACCCUUGGAGGACCUGAAGGAGCCUGACGCAGGUGCUGUCAUGGAGGUCAGAAAAUCUUUACAGAACGGGAGUAAAAUUGAAGACAAAGCUCAGUCCUAUGUUAAGAGUUAUCCCAGUCAAAAUGACUUGGAGAUGUCCCAUGAAGAAAUGGGGAUUGACGUGAAACAGCUGCUAACAAACAACGAAAACGAACCAAAGUUCAUGGAGAAACAUGACUGUAAAGAAUCUCUGGUCAAAGAUAAGAUGGAAUCAAGAAAUGGGUGGAGAGAAGCAAGCGUGUCAGGACCCGAACUUAAGCCUGUCGUGGAAAUUGUCAUGAAAAGACAUGAAUUGAAUAGCACGCCAACAUCAACUGAAGACAUAAACAGCUUUCCAAAAACCCAUACUCUUCCUACUAGCGAUAAAAUCGACGAGCGGACAUCUCCAGAAGGAAAAACCCAUGGAGGUGUUCUAGCAGUAACUGAGGUAAGCCAUUUUACAACCUCCAGGUCAGACGCUGGAAGCCACAUGGGUAUGGAGGACAAACCGUCAGUCAACGGGAGCAAGCAACUAAUGGAGGAUAAUAUCAGUCAAGACCGUUUAAGCGUUCUAUCAGCGGAAAAAAUGCCUUUUGGUCCAAAUUCUUACUCUUUGUUGACAUCUGCCAGGAUUGACAGUGGAUAUUAG